UCUGUUAAGAUGACACCUUCCACCCUAACCACUCUGUUCGCGAUCGUGCUUGCUGGUGCCACAUUCACCCAAGCCCAAACAAAAGAUUAUAAGGUCCACGGCUUGGAUCUCCUUCGUCUCCUCUCCGAGAAGCCAUGGCUCCUCCACAAUCGAUGGGAGCCUGGUGACCAAGAUGUUGGGUACAGGAAUCAAGAUUCCAAUGACGACAGCUUUGACGAUGACUUAAGGUCCACCUCGGAGAAGCGGUCUGCGGUGGCCACAGCGCUGAACGGGCGGCGACGUCGGCAGCCCACGCCUUCGCUCGGUGUACUUAACGAUGUUGGCUCAUUCUUCGACUCGCUCCGGGACAACCUGGAAACGCUGGCCUCUCUGUCACCAGAACAAAGGUCUACGCUAUUCCAGGAGCCACCAACAGUAGUGCACGCGCCUUCAUCUGGAGGAGGUGGCGGUGGAACUGGCAUGCGGAGACUCCACGCUCUGAGACCUUUGCGACCAACCGGUAAUAUUAGAUCUUACAACCGCAGAUCGGACUUGGAGGCGUAUGGAAGCUACCCGGGCGCGAAUCACCAUGACCCGGGUCUCCUCUGGACUGGUCUGGGACGGUAAACAUCCGCUCUUCACCCCAACGGCCCAUAUCCCAAAAACUGCUAAAUUCCUAUCGAAUAUAGAACACUGCUUGUCUCACGUGUGUUGCUAAUUCGAAAAACAAUAUUAUGUGUAGAACUCGGCAAAUAACUUGGGAAGAGACGCACAGUCGUUCUUUUCUAAACCUACAUAAGUUUUUGAAAAAUCUCGCCAAGUUACGUGCCGAGGUUUCUGUAUCUCCUUGCUGUCGAAAACUAAAUCAUUAUUGUUGUAAUAUGUAACUACAUUUAUAUUAUAUAACCAUUUAAAUUAUAUACUAGCUAGGAAAUCGUUUUUUACUUUUCAUACAUUAUAUUUCCAAUUAAUGUAAUUUUACCAGAAUGGCACAUUUACUGCCCAAUCUAUUAACUGAUCAAAAUUAGUUGAAUCGUCAUUCGUUUGCCAACAUAUUUAGGAUUGUGUGUACCAGCUAUACUAUAUUAUUAUUAAACACAACCUUAAGCUUUUAUAAGAUUUGAUGUUUGAUAAAACUUAUAACUAUAGAAAUCGUCUGUAAAAAUAAUGCAAUGACUUUAAGUGAAGAAAUCGUUACUUGGAACAUCUUUUUAAAAACAUUUUCUUUAAAUUUAAGACGUACCUAAUAAGUAUGACUUCAACGUUUAUUGUUCAAAUCUUCAAUUAGCUGUUUAGCUUUAGAAAAUGCUUGUCCAACUUUAAUGAAUAAAAUAAUUAAGUAAUCCUUUAGACAAUAUUGAUUCUUUAAUAAACACGUAUAAAAGAGCAAACAAACACCUACGGCAUAGCUACAGUCAGCAUAAUUAUGGCUUGAGCUCGUUAGAAACUGACAUAUAAUUACAAGCUAUUAAGUUCAUAGCUACAAACUGGUAACAUUAUUCUUUUUGCAAUAUUGCUCUAUUACAAAAUAGAAAAGGUUCACUAAAAAGUAAAUAUGAUGAAAAAUAAUUCAUCAACAAUUUCUUUUCAACUUUUGUGGCUGGUGUCAUAUUGUAAAUAAUAUUAUUUUAAGAUUCUCAUUGUCAUAUUUGUAACCAUUUGGCUUUUGAAUUCCGAAUUGUGAAAUUAAAU